AUGCUUAGAUCGAUACCUAACUUUAAGGUAUUCCCCAAGCAUUUUCAUACAACUAUAAGGUUGAAGGUUAACGACUCAUGGUUAGAUGAGAUUGAACCUUUGGCUGAGAAACCAAAGUUACCUACAGAAACUUGUUCAGUCAAAUCUGAAGAAGAAGUUGAAUCACUUAUCAACAAUUUCGAACCAUUAGUAGAAUAUGAAGGGAAAAACAAGUUUGUCUUCCGUAAUUUAGGUCCCGAUUCAAUGAAUUUCAACAGUAUUUUGGUUAAAUUGACUGAUUAUUUCUUUGGUAAUAAUUAUCAAACAGUUAAUGCUAUCAAAGGAGAGAAAAGUAUCAAAAGAGCUGCUAGGAUUGAGCAGAAAACCUUCCAAGAUUUGAAAAUGAUAAGAGUCAGAAGUGGCAGAGGUGGUAACGGAGCUAUUUCGUUCUUCAGAGAUGCUAAUAGACCAACAGGUCCACCCGAUGGGGGUGAUGGAGGAGCUGGUGGGAACGUUUAUCUUAAAGUUGUAGAUAAUAUCAAUUCAUUACAUAGGAUAAGAAGGUCUUAUGUAGCUAAGAAUGGACAACCGGGUAGGGGAUCACAGUUGGAUGGGAAAAAAGGAGAUGACGUUUUGAUUGAAGUUCCAGUGGGAACAACUGUUAGAUGGGUUCCUGACCCUUUCCUCAUAAGAGAUAAAUUGAAAGAAACCAAUAAGGACAAGAUUUGGCUCGAUAUUAUUAAUGAUAACCACCAAAUACAAUUUUUCAGGAAUUCUUAUAGUGUGGGUGAAGGUUGGAUGUUUUCAGAGAAUGAAGAAUCUUACUACAGAGAAAGAGAUUUCUUCUCCCAAUUGGAUAAAACAGUUCAAGAUUAUGACCAUGAAAUCAUCAAUCAGGAAGUCUUCGAGGAUAAAUUUCCUUUGUUAGGAUUAGAUUUGAAUAAAGUAACAAGCCAACCUAUCCUUCUAUUGAAAGGAGGAAAAGGAGGAAUGGGAAAUAUGAAUUUCUUGACCAAUGAUGUCAGAAACCCCAGAUUCUGUAAGAAAGGAAGAGAUGGUAUCACUGAGUCCUUUUUGCUAGAAUUAAAACUCAUUGCUGACCUUGGAUUAGUUGGGUUACCAAAUGCUGGAAAAUCUACUUUAUUAAAUGCCAUUUCAAGAGCCAGGCCAAGGAUUGGUCAUUGGGAAUUCACCACUCUUCAACCAACAAUAGGAACCAUUUUCACCACAAUAGAUAAGGAUCCGUUCACUGUGGCAGACAUUCCUGGUAUUAUCAAGGGAGCUUCUCAAAAUAAAGGAAUGGGACUCGAUUUCUUGAGACACAUAGAAAGAUGUAAAGGUUUAGUGUUUGUUGUUUCCUUAGAGAAGGAUCCUAUCAAAGACAUCACCACUUUAAUUGAGGAAUUAGGAGAGAUUUCCGACGAUAAAAAGAAACUAAUCCUUGCUACUAAAGCAGAUUUGAACGAUACCAAUGAAAACUUUGUUAAGUUUCAACAAUUUGUUCAAGAGAAUUUGAAUAACGACAAAGAGACAUGGAAAAUUUUACCAAUUUGUGCUACUAAAAAUGAAAAUAUCGAAGCAUGUAUUAAAUUAAUGAGUGAAAUAGCUCAAUAA